AUGUCUGAAUUAAGCAGAGCUAGUGACAGUGUCACCUCGGCCCAGGUGGCGCAGUGGGAGGAUGCUGGAGAACCAGACUCCUGGAGCAGUUUGUCCUAUGAAAUCCCUUACGGAGACUGUUCUGUGAGGCAUCACCGAGAGUUGGACGUCUAUAUGCUAACCUCCGAGUCGGAGCCACACCAGGAGCCCCCACUUCCUGGAGACAGUUGCACUGGACAUAUUUUUAAACUUAUGAACAUUCAACAGCAGCUAAUGAAAACAAACCUCAAGCAGAUGGACAGUCCCACGCCCUCGGCGGUGACAGCACAGGACCCUUCAGGUGCCCCCCAUGACCAGGAUGCAGAUGGCCACUUUCUUCCCCGCGCGUCCGAGCACACAGCCAGCCUGCAGCUUGCCUCUCCUGGAGCUGCCGAGAGCUGUCAGCGCUGCCGGGGGAGCACCGUGGGGCAGACUGAGGGCUCUUGCGAUUUGCCAGGUGUGGCCACGGAGGAGGACACAGACCCUUCCUGCAGGAAGAGGAGCACGGGCGUGGCGAGAACAGGAGGUGAGGUGGGGCCAGCACCUGCCACAGACCCUGGAGCGGCGUCUGCUCCCGACAGCUGUGUUCAGAGCCUGCCUGAUGGCAGAGGAGAGGGCCCAGAAAGCCUUCCGUCCUGUGGAGUCAGAGACGAAGAAACUACGUUUUUGGCAGGGGCCACUGACCUGGCGUCCCCAGGCAGUGUCCUGCAGGGGGCUGUGGCCCAGGCCUGCUCUGGAGGCAAGCUGGUGGUCGCUUCGCCAGCAAGUGCCAGCACCCCCGAGGCUGCAGGAGAAAGGGAGCAUGGUCUCGGGCACCCUGAUGCCACCAUCAGGGGGAACACGCCUGAGGUGGAAGAGAGUAUGAAGAAACGACUUGAGGACUCCAGUGUCAGCACGGCUGGAGCCUCUGACGGAAAAGUCACAGACGAGCCUGUGGACGGAGCCAGCCUUCCAGACAGUGUCUUGGCUGCCAGUCCCCUGGAUGCUAACAAACCUGCAGAAUCGAUACUUGCCAUUAGUAAUGGCAAAGCUGUCAUUGACCAGACUGCAGAAACUGAAACUUCUAAAAGCUGUGAAGAGAGUGCUCACACUCCAGGAACCCAGAAUCUUCAGUUAAUUCCAGCUACUGCAGGCGACGAGGUUUCAGAAGGGCUCCAACCCAACACUCCUUUGGCCAGCGUGUGUGCGCCGGGGUCGCCCUCUGAGCUAACCUUGCCCGGGCCGCACAAAGAUGUGACGCCUAACCCGAAAUCAGAAGUGGAGUCAUCUGGUGUUCACAGCCAGACCAGCGAGUCACCCGUCUGCUCCGCAGCUGGGGGUGAUAAACUUCGCUCAGCUUCUGAGUGUCAGCCGAGCACUGGGGUGUCGAGUGGCGUGCCGCCUGCAGAACACUGUGAUGACACAGCCCCCCAGCCUGAGAGCACGACCACGGGACAGCUCGGCACACGGCCCCCGCCCACUGCCAGCUGCCCCAGCGGCCCACAGGCCAGCUCCACCCAGAGCACCCCAGACACCCCAGAACGUGUGGAUACUUCUCUCCAAGUUUCAGAUAAAGAAAGCCAAGGAGAAGCUCUGAAAGUGGAGACAUGGUCAGCAGAUCCAGCUGAGGUGGUUCCACACCCGCAGGCCGCUCCCCGCAAGGCUGAGAAAGAAGGGGCGUCAGGCCCGGCUGUGACACCAGGCGGGACUGUCUCUCUGGCAGGCAGUCCCGGCAGUGAAUCAGUAACCAAAGAUGACGCACUCUCGCUCGUCCCCUCCCAGAGUGAAAAGGGAAGAGCAGCCCUCCAACCACACACAGAUGGAGAAGAUGGGCCUGACGGAGACGCAAGACGUCCGGAGGAGCAGCCUCCAGAAGGCGGCGCGGCGGCCCUGGGCCCACCCCCCGUGGUCCUAGACCCGCCGCCCGGCAUGGGGAACGCCAGCCCCGGAGGACUCGCUGGGGAGCAGGAGCGCCCCUCCCUCUCAGCGGCCUCCGAAGCCCCGGCCGUCGAGGGGCCCACCACCUCCGCGCUGCUUCCUGGGGGUCAGGCCGCUGCGACUGAAGGAGGAAAAACUCAGGUGGUUCCUGAGGGCCCAGGAGGUGAGGGUAAAGCCAGGACCUGUCCUGCCACUGGGGACGGCCCUCUCUGCUCAGGAGCAUCGCGGGAAGAGAGCAGACCACCACCUCCUGCACCAGAGGCCCCGGGGGUCCCUGAAGAGCCCGGCGCAGCAGCCUGUACAGAGAACAGAGCGCUGCAGCCCGGCAGCUCCCCGGGCACACCCUUGGCCCGUCUUCACACAGAAACUAAACCCAACAAGGAAGUGGCCCCGGCAGCCUCCCGGCCGACGGGAGGUGGGGCCGCACAGGGCCUGGUGCCACCAGGAGCCGGUCUGGCUGCUGACUCCAGCCAGGAUGCCCUAGGUGCAGAGCCGAGCAGCUCAGCUCCGGCGCCAGAUCUGUUAGCAGGUGGGCCCAAGGCACCGAACUGCAGUCCAGCUUCUUCAGUUCUGGAUGCUGAGGUAGAAAACACCCCAUCUCCAGGAAAGAGCGCCGGCUGUGAGGUGAGUGGAGAUGCAGUGCUGGACGGUGCCCGGGUUCAUGGUCUACAAGAAGCCCUCGGGGCUGGGACAAAGGAUAUAUCUCACAACGCCCCAGACACCUUGUCCUGCCAAGAGGAGAAUAUGAUCCUGGGUUUGCCCGGAGCUUCACCAGCCACAGGUGUGACUAACCCUCAGGGCGCCGCGCCCCCAGAGCUGGUGGCGCCUCCGGGUGGGGAGAAGAAUCUGGAGGAAGCAGACUGUGGCUCUGUUGGCCCGCAGGAGGCCCAGGGGGACAGUAAGAUGCAUCACGACCCGCUACAGCCUGUAGGUGGAGAGCGCCCCCCAGAGAUGGGGCCCUCGGGUGAGGCAAGGGGUGCCCCCGCUCUGCCCUGCCCCAUCUCCACCAAAGCCCUGCAUCGGCUCGAGGGUGCCGACUCCAUCGAGGAGGCUGCCAGCCGCAUCGUGGAUUCUGUCAUAGAGCAAGUCAAGGCCUCUGGAGUGCUGAUGACAGGGGGGGCCCUCGGGCACAGGUCACCACCCAGGCCUCCGGAGGCGGGCCCAGGGACAGAGCCCACAGCGCGUGCUUCCACUGGGGAGAUGAGCGCCCUGCAGCCUGCGGAGACCCUGCCGGUGGGCAGUGGUGGCGGAGAAGCCUCUGGGAGCCUUGAGCAGUGCUUUGCUGGAAGCGAGGAGCCAGAGACGGUUCUGCCUGUCCAAGGACGUGCACCAGAGACAGGGCAGACGUUGUAUCUGCUUAUCUCGGUGAAGCAGCUGCAGCAAGCAGAUUACUCACACGGCAGCAGCCUGGUUCCAUCUGCGGGUAACCAUGUCCAGAGAGCGCAAAGAGAAGCCGCUGGUGUUCGGUGGAAAGAGACCAGCCGAAUAGAACUUCUUACAGGGGGUUGA